CCGUACAGGAGGGCUGCAGAUAAAAGGAGCCACUCUCACUCCUCCCACCAUUCACUACAUUGAAUUACUCCCACAGUGUGUGUGUGUCCCAGCUCCCACGGACACGAAGAGGUGAAAUUUGCCUUCAGAGAGGACCACAGAAGCCCUCCACGGGGCCGGACGGAGCGGCUGAAAACGGGACUUUUUUUUCUCCGGGACCGAACCCAGUGACACCGUCCUCUCCCACCGGCUCUGCUCUCCUUUGUUGUCGUUGUAAAACUUCGCCUCAGUCAGCAUUUGCCGGUGAGCCACCCAGCCCCGUUACCUUUGACUCGGCUUGUCCCCGCUUGACUUUCAGGAGGAGGGGCCGUGUUUUUAUUAUUUUAUCGAAGAACACUCAACUUUUAUCUCCAAGGAAGCAGAGAAAAGUGGCAGCAGCCCUCAGACAGGAUACUCUGUAGCCAGUGGGAUGUUAGAGCUCUGGAAGCAGGACUGACUGAAGGAGCAUGGUGAAACACCAACCCCUCCAGGUCUAUGAGCGCCAGCUGUGUUUGUCAUGUAUCACUGGGAUCUACGGUUGCCGAUGGAAACGCUAUCAACGUUCCCAUGAUGACACCACCAAGUGGGAGCUGCUGUGGUCCCUCAUCCUCCUCUUUACCUUCUGUCUGCUGCUGGUCUGGUUCUACUUCUGGUGGGAGGCACAUAACGACUACAAUGAGUUCAACUGGUUCCUGUACAACCGCUCUGGGGAGUGGAGUGAUGGCACUGUUCCCAUCCUCGCCACCACCGCUGCUGGCUUCACCUACAUUGCAUUUUUAAUGGUUUUAGCACUUUGUCACAUUGCACUUGGGCAGCAGUUGAAUUUGCACUGGCUCCAUAAGAUAGGAGUGACUGCUGCUUUGCUCACCACUAUUGUUGGGGUGAUAUCUGUCAAUCAAACAUGGGGUCAAGAGUGGGAUGUGAUUCCCAUCUCCCUGCAGGCUACAGGUCCAUUCCUGCACAUCGGGGCUCUUGCUGCCGUCACAGCGCUGUCUUGGAUCGUGGCUGGACAGGUCGCCCGUGCAGAAAAAACAUUGUUCCAAGUGGUGGUUGUGCUGCUGUAUCUCAGUGUGUUACUAGGACUCUAUGUGGUCCCUCUAUAUAUCACCUCCCCCUGCAUCAUGGACCCCGACAACCUCAAACCACGACCCGAUGUUAUCGGUCACCAGGGAGCCCCCAUGCUCGCUCCAGAGAACACACUGUGGUCCUUCCAGCGAGCUUUGCAAAUGAACGUCACUGGAUUGGAGGCUGAUGUGGCGAUCAGCACGGAUGGUGUGCCUUUCCUGAUGCACGAUCUUACCCUGCGGAGAACAACAGGUAGGGACGUUUUUCCAGACAGACGGAUGGAUGAAGCCUCGCAUUUCAACUGGACAGAUCUGCAGCAGCUCAACGCCGGACGGUGGUUCCUCAAGGAUGACCCCUUCUGGACGGUGCACACCCUGGCCACACGUGAGAGAGAGCUGAUCGCCAAACAGAGUGUGUGCAGCCUGGAGCAGCUUCUAAAGUUGGCCUCCUAUCACAACGCCACGGUGGUUUUCAGGCUGCGGAGACCUUCUCCAGAGCACCCCUGCUAUCACAGCUGGAUCAAUGAUACACUGAACGCUGUGCAGCAGUCUGGGGUUCCUCAAAGCCUGGUGAUGUGGACUCCUGAUGAGCACAGAGCUCAGGUGAGACAGUUAGCACCUGGUCUGAUCCAGACCUCGGUGGAAAAACGGAGCCCCCAAAGUCUGCAGAAGGACGGCAUCAGCAGGCUGCUGCUCAGAUACAAUCAAGCCAGUAUGCGGGAAAUCAGAGACUUCUCUGAGACCCACAUAAACCUCACCCUCUACACUGUCAACGAGCCCUGGCUGUACUCGGUACUCUGGUGCAGCGGAGUGUCAUCAGUCUCCUCAGAGGCCCCACAUAUACUCCAAAAGGUGCCUUACCCCAUUUGGCUCAUGAGCCCAAGUGAAUACUGCCUGAUGUGGGUGUCUGCAGACCUCAUCUCCUUUGCUGUAGUCAUAGGAAUAUUCAUUUUCCAGAACUAUCACAUGAUCAGGUAUCGGACGAGCGGUAUGCGCAGCUACAACCCUGAACAGAUCAUGCUGAGCGCUGCAGUCAGGAGGUCAAGUCCAGACAUCAACGUCAUGAAGGAGAAACUGAUCUUCUCUGAGGUGGGGAACGGAGUCGGCAGUGCUGACGAGCAGUACGGGGACAACGGCUACAACUACUACACCAAUCAGGGCGCCAGCCAGUGAUUGGACCUCAGCCUGUGACUUUUUGCUGUUGCAAGAUGGAAGCAACCUCAUUUAGCAUUCACAUCAUUCCUGUUUAUCAGUGUGAAGUCUUUUUUUUCCCCCUCUGCCCUACUGAUUAACAGACUGCUGUAUCUGGAGGAGACACAAGUUGCCCAUUCGCUCUUUGUACAUUCUGUAAAUAGGGUUUUUUUGCCUUGUCACACAUGAUGUAAAUCACACAGAACUACAAGCACUUUUUAUUGACAGAAUUCGCCAAGUCUGUGGCCUCCUUUUCCCACAUUCAAAUGUCCGAGAGGCCCUAAUGAGUUACCAAUGCCUGCUUCUUUUUAAAUAUGAAUUUCCAGACUCUUUAUUUUUAGCUAAAUUUCCAAAGCUGUUUGUUAUUUUAAGCAGUGCAAACAAUAUUCUUCUCUUAGCAGAUGAAUUUCUUUUUAACAAGGCUUUACUGCAGCAUGAGGUGAAAGAUUUACAGCUCUUUAUGCUCCUGUCAGCACUCCAUGGUGCUGUAGAUAAUAGUACUAAUAUCCAUAUUUAUAUUUAAAGAGAAAACAAAGAAAAAACACAAACACGAUGUUUACUCAAGUCCUGCCUUCUCCUCCAGGUGAAAUAUUCACAUGGUGGAUGUAAGAUGAGUAUUUUCUAGAGGCUAAAUGCCCUCCUGGCCUACUUUUGACCAGUGCAUGUAACUGUAAGGAUCCUAUCAACUGACUAGUGUGAGCUGUGCUCCCAGUGAAACCAGAAAAACUGGUGAAAAUGUUGGAGGAUGAAGAUUUGUGCUGUCUUUUUAUGGUUUAUGGUGAAUGUGUAUGGAUUAUCAUAUUCUUUUUUUUUUUUUUUUUAAAGAUGUGUACAUUGUGUGUAUUCUGGUUGGGUAUGUAUUUUUUACCCUGUGUGCAGUGCUUUGUUGAGUGUGUUCUUGUGUAUAUAAAAGGUGAACCAAUGUGUGAGAUGCUCAAGCCAACUAAGAAUAACUUUUGAUCAAUGUGACAGUUUAAUAACUACAAUAGCAAUAGUCUGUUCAAGAUGGAUUUCAAUUCCCUGCACAGCCUUUGAGUUGCAGUUAAAUCUGGUAUUUUGAAAUGUAUCUAAAUGUUGGCUGUAAAACUGAAAUGCUGUAAGGUAAAUGAAGUGGGUGCUAAAUGUGAAAAUAAAGCUGUAAGCUAACUGAAAGGAUGCUACAAGUGUCACAACAGGCAGCAUAGGUCAAGAAACGGAUUGCCUUUUGUGUUUGUUUUCUUUCUCUGGGUAUUACUGUGCCUCAGAAGUAAACAUUAAAACUUCUGAUACAGA